GUGAAUCAUUAAAAGUGGGGUUAUCAAGGAAGAAUAUUGUAUUUUGUAUUCAAUUUUGAAUAUAGUUAAUUUUUAUACCAAGGCAACAAUUAAUAGUGAUAAAAAUGAAUUUAGAAUUAUUGGAAUCUUUUGGACAAAAUUAUCCAGAAGAAUUUGACGGAACUUUGGAUUGUAUAUCACUUGCCGUAACGUGUACGUUCAAUAAAAGAGGAACGCUACUUGCCGUUGGUUGUAAUGAUGGUCGUAUUGUUAUUUGGGAUUUUUUAACUCGUGGUAUUGCAAAAAUAAUAAGUGCUCAUGUUCAUCCUGUUUGUUCACUUAGUUGGUCACGAAAUGGUCAUAAAUUGUUGAGUGCAUCAACGGACAAUAAUGUUUGCAUUUGGGACGUUUUAUCCGGUGAAUGUGAUCAAAAAUAUAGAUUUCCAUCUCCUAUAUUAAAAGUACAAUUUCAUCCUAGAAAUUUGAAUAAAUUUUUAGUAUGUCCCAUGAGACAUGCAGCUGUUAUGGUAGACGUUGAAGGUUCCCAUAGAGUAAUUCCUUUAGAUGAAGAUAGUGAUUUAAAUAUCGUGGCAUCAUUCGAUAGACGUGGUGACUAUGUUUACAGUGGAAAUGCACGUGGACGUGUUUUAAUUCUUGAUGCUGAUACUUUAGUUGUAAAAGCUUCUUAUAAAAUAUCACAAGGAACUGCCAGUAAUACGGCUGUGAAAAGUAUUGAAUUUGCACGAAGGGGAUCAUGUUUUUUGAUAAAUACAUCGGAUCGUGUAAUUCGUGUUUACGAUAGUACAGAAGUAUUGGCUUGUGGAAAAGAUGGUGAACCUGAACCGAUUCAAAAAUUACAAGAUCUCGUUAAUAAAACAAUGUGGAAAAAAUGUUGUUUCUCCGGUGAUGGUGAAUAUGUUUGCGCUGGUUCAGCUCGACAACAUGCGCUUUAUGUUUGGGAAAAAAGUAUUGGAAAUUUGGUGAAAAUUUUACAUGGAACUAAAGGCGAACUUUUACUCGAUGUUGUGUGGCAUCCAGUGCGUCCAAUAAUUGCCUCAAUUUCAUCGGGUGUUGUAUCAAUUUGGGCACAGAAUCAAGUUGAAAAUUGGUCGGCUUUUGCACCUGAUUUCAAAGAAUUAGAUGAAAAUGUCGAAUAUGAGGAACGAGAAAGUGAAUUUGAUUUGAGCGAUGAGGAUAAAUCGGUAGUUCAAGGAGAAGAAGCUCAAGAUGAAGAAAUUGAAGUUGACGUAGCGGCAAUUGAUAGAGUUGCGGCUUUUUGUAGUUCGGAUGAAGAAACCGAGGAUAUUGGGUCAUUGCAAUUUUUGCCAAUUUCUCCAGAUGUUGAAGAAUCCGAAGAGACACCAGCUCCAGCUCAUGAACCUCCAUCGAAAAAGCAUCGCUCUCAUGAUAUUCAAUUACAAGGAGCACCAACCGAUGAAAUUCAUCCUUUGUUAAGUAAAGGAAAAGAUAAACCGGCGGCAAAGAAAGGAAGACCAAGAUUGGAACAUCGAAAAGGAAAAUAAAUUUUUCUAGAAUUAAAAACAUUAAAUAUUUAUUGUGAAAAUGCAAUUUGUAAAAUGAUCCUUUUACAAAUUGUAUGGAUGUGAUUUGUGAGUAUCAAAUUUUGUCUGUGAAUUUUGUGACGAAAAUAAAAUUUAUUCCUUUAUAUAUAAAAAGAAA